UAACAGCGAUACAAUCAGCUGUUGACAACUCAUGCGUUCGCUAACAUAAAUAAGUUUAAAUGCGGUUGCUUGGAACUCUGAAUAAAUUAAGUAGAUUUUUGAAUCGCACCCACGUCCAGGACUUACCCAAACGCAGCAUGGCCUGCAGCAGAUUCGAGUACGUUAAAUCCUUUGAGCAGGACGACAGCAUACUGCCCAAUGUGUGGAUAGUCAUUCGAAUCGAUGGCAAAAAGUUUCACAAGUUUUCAAAGGCGCACGACUUUGAGAAGCCCAACGAUGAGAACGCUCUCAAUGUGAUGAAUGCGGCUGCCACGGCAGUGAUGCAGGAGUUCCGGGAUAUUGUCCUGGCUUAUGGCCAAAGUGAUGAGUACUCCUUUGUAUUCCGCAAGGAGACGGCUUCCUUUAAGCGACGCUCCGCCAAGCUGCUCACCUACGUCACCAGUUUGUUUUCCACGAGCUAUGUGAUGCAGUGGUCCAAGUGGAUGAACCUGCCCUUGGCCUACGCUCCCUGUUUCGACGGGCGAGUGGUUCUGUAUCCUUCAGAACAGAACCUUAAGGACUAUCUCAGCUGGCGACAGGCCGAUGUGCAUGUCAACAAUCUGUACAACACCGCAUUUUGGAAACUGGUUUUGGAAAAAGGUCUUACGAAUCAGGAAGCGGAGGCAAAACUGCGAGGCACUUUUUCGGCGGACAAGAACGAGUUGCUCUUCCAGGAGUUUGGCAUAAACUACAACAAUCUGCCGGCCAUGUACAGAAAAGGAACGAUCCUGCUGAGGAAACGGGUAAUAUUGGGUGACAAGAGCAGACAGGCCAUAGUGCCGCUGCACGAGGACCUCAUUUCCUCGCAAUUCUGGAAGCAGCACACGGAGAUCUUGGGUAAAUAUGUGCCUGGCACUUACGACGCGACAAAGCCAUUGCCUAGAUUGGUGGAGCUGCAACUGAGUGAAAAACAGGUGGAUGAGGAGGCAAAGGAGCCACAGAAUCUAUCCGGGAUUAGCUGAUAGUAAAGGCUUAUGGUUAUAUACAUUUUAAGAUGAAAAGACAGGUAAAUUGGCCUGAUUUCUGCGCAUUUCUUAAAAAGAAGUAUGCCUGGAACUGCUCGUAUUGGAGGAACCUCAGGCCUUUCAACUUAUGGCAAUAUACUAAG